AUGUUUAACGUCAUUACAGCGCCACCUAAUGUCACAGACCUUGAGAGAUUUUGGAAGCUCGAAUCAAAUGGGAUAUCUGAAGAUGAGGCUGAAACAUCUACUUCCGGUAUACUAAACACCUAUAAAGAAAACUGUAUCACGUACAAAGAUGGGCGUUAUGUGGCCAAGCUGCCUUGGAAAGAAGAUCACCUCGUGCUUCCUACCAACUACGAAGUUUGCAAGAGACGUACAGAGAACACAAUUAGACAACUUUCAACAGAACCGGAUUUACUGAAAAAAUAUGGACAGAUCAUACACGAUCAGUUGAAACGCGGAUUUAUUGAGAUAUGUGAUGCAGACGCCACCCCCACACACCCUGUACAUUACAUACCACAUCAUCACGUAAAAAAGGAGUCAAACACAACACCUAUCCGUAUCGUGUAUGACUGCAGUUGUAAGUCACGUGACCAGCCUAUUUUGAACGAUUGCCUGUUGUCUACACCACCUGAAUUGAAUGAUUUGACAGGAAAUCUACUUCGUUUUCGAAUGAAUAGAUACGCCAUAGCAACAGACAUAGAGAAGGCUUUUCUUAAUAUUGGUCUAGACGUCUGCAGAUUUCAACUUGAGGUCCUGGAGUUCUAA